AUGAUUGAUACUGAUAGAGAUAAAAAGGAUGAAAAAAAGACCAAAUCACAAUGUAGUUGCAAGCUUGGAAAGGCUGAAAUCACUUAUGAUAAUGUAGCUAUCACUAUAGAUGGAGAAAGAAAAUUAAUCAUCUCUGGUUCCAUCCACUAUCCUCGCAGCACUCCUGAAAUGUGGCCACAUCUUAUCAGAAAAGCAAAAGAAGGGGGUCUCAAUGCCAUUGAGACUUACGUUUUUUGGAAUGCUCAUGAGCCUCAACAACGCCAGUAUGAUUUUUCAGGAAAUUUGGAUCUUGUUAGAUUUAUCAGAACCAUUCAACGGGAAGGGCUUUAUGCUAUUCUUAGAAUCGGACCAUAUACCUGUGCGGAGUGGAAUUAUGGAGGAUUGCCGGUUUGGUUGCAUAAUUUGCCAAACAUCCAGAUGAGAACAAAUAACACAGUAUUUCAGAAUGAGAUGGAAAUUUUUAUUCGCAAAAUAGUGGCUAUGAUGAAGCAUAAGAACCUUUUCGCUUCGCAAGAUGGACCUAUAAUCCUUGCUCAGAUUGAAAAUGAAUAUGGAGAUGUGGAGAACGCUUACGGGGAAGGAGGAAAAAAGUACGUCAAAUGGUGUGCUGAUUUGGCCCAAAGUUUCCAAAUUGGGAUCCCUUGGAUUAUGUGUAAGCAGAGGGAUACUCCAUCUCCAUUGAUUGAGACAUACAACAAUUUUUAUGGUGAUGGAUUUUGGCCAAGUAAUAAAAAUAGCCCAAAGAUGUGGACUGAGAAUUGGAGUGGCUGGUUCCAGGAUUGGGGCCAUGCAACUCCUCAUAGAGCAGCUGAGGAUCUUGCUUUUGCUGUUGCUCGUUUUUACCAACGUCGCGGUACCCUUCAGAAUUAUUACAUGUACCAUGGUGGUACUAACUUCGGAACGACAGGAGGAGGUCCGUACAUCACUACCUCCUAUGAUUACGAUGCACCACUUGAUGAGUACGGUAAUCUGAAUCAACCGAAAUGGGGUCAUCUUAAAGAACUACAUCAAGUUCUUAUGUCUUUGGAGAAAACUCUUUUAUAUGGGGAUGUAGAAGAGCAUGAUUAUGGGGAUCUACAAUAUGUGACCGUGUUUAGCUAUGAGGGGAAGAGAGCUUGCUUCAUGUCAACUUCAAAAACAUAUGAUUUUCACUUGAAAUUCGAAGGCCGUGAUUAUGUUAUUCCUGCUUGGUCUGUUAGUAUCCUCCCUGAUUGCUACACAGAGGUUUACAACACUGCUAAGGUUAAUGCUCAAACUUCUAUAAUGGUUAAGAAGUCAAAUGAAGCUGAUGAUCUUGACGAACCUUAUAGCUUGGAAUGGGAGUGGAGAUCUGAGCAUGCUCUUCAUCUUGACAAGAAAGGCUUGCUUAAAGGCAGCACCUUGGUUGCAAAUCAGCUUGUGGAUCAAAAACGUGUAACAAAUGGUACCAGUGAUUACUUGUGGCUUUUGACCAGGAUCGAGCAUGACAGGAGUGAUCCUGUCUGGGGCAAAGGCAACAAAGUAAUUCUACAAGUGAACACAAAAGGGCAUGUGAUUCAUGCUUUCCUUAACGGAAAGCACAUUGGAUCACAAUGGGGAAAUUCAGGCAAUGCUUUUCGACUCGAGAAGCCUAUUAAACUGAAAAAAGGAACCAACUAUCUUACUUUACUUAGUGUAACUGUUGGUUUGGCUAACUAUGGUUCAUUCUUUGAUACAAUAAAAGUAGGAGUCCACGGUCCAGUGAAGUUGAUUGCGAAAACCAAAAAUGGUGAUGUGGAGAAAGAUAUUUCAUCAAACAAAUGGGUGUACAAAACUGGACUACAUGGUGUAGAUCUUGGACUUAAUUUAAUUGAAAACCCCCAUCAUCACAACUGGGAGACCGAAAAUCUUCCUUCAAAGAGGGGGAUGAUUUGGUACAGGACAACGUUCACAGCUCCAAUGGGUAGCGAUCCUGUAGUCGUAGACUUGCUUGGUUUGGGUAAGGGAGUUGCAUGGGUGAAUGGUUUUGACAUUGGAAGAUAUUGGCCUAAGCAACUUGCCCCAGAAGACGGAUGCCCGGUAAAAUGUGACUAUAGAGGAGAUUACAAUGGCGGCCGGUGUCGAACAGACUGUGGCAAACCUUCCCAAAGAUGGUACCACAUUCCAAGAUCUCUUCUUAAAGAUGAUGAUAAUGUGCUGGUUUUAUUUGAAGAACUUGGUGGCACUCCUGAGCAUGUCACCUUCCAAACUGUUACAGUGGGAACAGUUUGUGCAGAUGCUUAUGAAGGUCACUCCUUAGAAUUAUCAUGCCAAGGAGGAAGGGUUUUCUCGCGAAUCAAAUUUGCUAGCUUCGGUUUACCAGAGGGCAGCUGUGGGUCUUUCAAGAAAGGAAAAUGCCAGGCUGAAAACACUUUAUCAGUUGUCAAAGAUGCUUGUCUUGGAAAGGAAAAGUGUUCGCUGAAAGUGUCUGAAGAAACUUUUGGAUCUUUGCGAUGCAAGCUUGAUUCGUAUAGGCUUGCUGUUGAAGCUGUUUGUUAG